GACAACAACCGAAGCAGGUGGACUAAAGACUGGAGACGAUUUCAACAUGAGUGGAUACUACAAAGGCUAUAAGGGCUAUGACCAGGGCGAAUGGAGACUCGUUCUGGUUGGAAAAACUGGAGUUGGGAAGAGCGCUGCCGGGAAUACCAUCCUUGGACGAGAGGCGUUUGAAUCGGAGCUGUCCCCUUCCUCCAUGACGUCCGAAUGCCACAAAGCCAGAGGAGACAUCGGUGGUCGAAAAAUUGCUGUGAUAGAUACUCCUGGUCUUUUCGACACAAAUUACACCCAAGAGGAAGUUUUGAAGAGGAUUAAAAUGUGCAUAUCGCUGUCUUCUCCUGGUCCGCACGCGUUUUUGAUUUGUUUACAGCUUGGAAGGUUCACCAAAGAAGAAAAAGACACUAUUGAAAUGAUUCAAACCACUUUUGGCGAAGAGGCAGCCAACUACUCCAUGGUUUUGUUCACGCACGGCGACCAGCUAAGAAGGCAAAGUAUCGAGUCCUACAUCGCUGAAAGUGCGGAUCUGUUGGAGCUGAUUCAGAAAUGCCACAACCGCUACCACGUCUUCAACAACGAAAUCAAAGAUGAGAAACAAACCUAUCAGCUGUUGGAUAAAAUUGAAAAGAUGAUACAAAAGAAUGGAGGAGGGUAUUACACCAAUGAGAUGUUCAAAAGAGCAGAGGAGGCCAUUGAGAAGGAGAAGGAGCGGGUUCUGAAGGAGCUAGAAGAACAACGGAUGAAAGAACUGGAGGAACUGCGUGCCAAAUAUGCUAAAAACCAAAGGACCUACUACAAAGAGGAAAGCAACGUCAAUAUCAGAUACCACAACGAGGCCAGGAUGAGAGCGGAGAGGUCCAACGAGUUCACGGCAGCACCGGUCAUCGCCGUGACGACAGCGUGCGGGGCGGCCAUAGGGGGGCUGUUGGGUUUGGCAGGGGGUCCGAUCGGUUUGGCGGUGGGGGUGGCGGCCGGGGCGGCGGUUGGGGCAUCCAUAGGGGCUUUGUCUAUACACGUGUCCAAAGGAUGCCGAAUACAGUGAAUGGAUAGCCAUGGGUUGCCUUAGCGACUAACAAUUUUAACCAUUAUCUUCAUCUUAAUCAUUAUCUUACAUAUUAUAUAUAUUACAUUACGUGCAAAAUAUGACUGUAAUUAAUUAAUCGUAAUUAACGCAAUAAUUUAACACCCCUAAUAUUAAAUUUUUUAUUUUUUUUUUAACUUAUGUAUUCACACUUUUGCCCACAUAUUUAAAUUGUAACUUUGAAGGUUACUUCAAAUGUAAAUAUCUU